GGAACGAACUGUGAACACCCCAGUUGACUUUUUAUAGCGUUUUGGUCAAUAACUCAUACACAUAAUAGAGCCUUUUCUGCGGUUUUUAUAGAUAUUGAGCAUAACCCUCUAGUAAUUGAAAUCAGGUGAUCUUGGCUGUGAGUCAUUUCUGGAAAACAUCUGAUUCUACUUUCGGUUGAUAAAUAUAAAUUUCUUAUUAACCGCAUGAAUAGUGACAAAAUUGUUUCCCAUUAAUUGAAAGUUAUUAGGAUAAAAUGAAUAGUUUAAGACCAACGAGCAUAUCCGACGCCGCACUGCUGCAGCGACUGGAGAGUCUGAGUAGUAACAGUGAACCAUCAUCACCGACGCUUCAUGUCGGGUUGCCCACAAGUACGGGUCCUCAUAUCGACAAUGCACCUUUGACAAUAGCAGAUGCAACUUCUACAAAGUCAACACCCCUAUCACCCAACAGCACUCAAUAUAAGAACAACAACAACAACAUAACAUUAACGUUCACCGGUUUUAUGAACAGUGGUAGUAAUUCAAGUGGACUUGCGAAAAUAUCAAAAAUGGAUUAUCAAUAUGGAACGCGAGAAAUUUUCUGUCGCAUUGCUUCGCAUUUAGUUAUCCUGGGAUGUGUAGGGCUACCCGUAUUGGCAUUUCAUCUUUUGGGAGUUUCCUACAAACGUGGAUUUUUUUGCGAUGACAAAACCUUAAAACACCCGUUCAGACAGAAUACCGUCAGUAAUUGGAUGUUAUUUCUGAUGUGCUUCAUAAUUCCAAUAUCAAUUGUUUGCCAGCCCAUUUUGGCCGACGGCAGUAGUUGCAACAAUGCAUUGAAUGUAGGACGCUAUGUGGAGGAUUUUACUUGCUCUGGAAGUGCCACUCCACGUAUGCUCAAGCAUAUGCGUCUUUCCUUCCCCAGUGCGCAUGCCAGCUUCGCGUGCUUCACUAUGAUUUACAUGGCGAUAUAUUUGCAGAAGCGCAUGAGUUGGGAACGUUGCAAGAUGGUUAAACAUUUCAUGCAAUUUCUGCUCGUUAUGUUCGCAUGGUACACUAGUUUGACACGUGUUUCCGAUUACCAGCACCAUACGACGGACGUAUUAGCUGGUUCGACGAUCGGUGCUUUCUAUGCGGUUCUCAUGGUAAGUUCAUGCAUGUUUACAUAUGUAUUUACAUGCAUAGUCGUACAAACACACGAUUGA